AAGAACUUACGCAGCAGAAAUCGAAUUGGACAAGUUGCGGUGGAAGAGUUUAGUGUGAUUUAUUAGAAGAAUUUUGGGCCCAAAAUGAAGUGGAGCUUCAAGGAAGAACAUUCCUUAGAGUCGAGAUGUCAUGAAUCCGCGAAGAUAAGGGCGAAGUAUCCCGAUAGAAUUCCCGUUGUUGUCGAGAAAGCUCCCAAGUCGUCCAUUCAGGAUAUAGACAAAAGGAAAUUUCUUGUUCCCUCAGAUCUGACAGUGGCUCAGUUUAUGUACAUCAUCCGGAAGAGAAUUCAGCUCCCUCCAGAAAAAGCAAUGUUUCUUUUCGUUAACAAGGUGCUACCAACGACAAGUUCAACAAUGGGUUCCAUCUAUGAAGAACAUAAAGAUGAAGAUGGAUUUUUGUACAUUGCCUACAGCGGAGAAAACACCUUUGGAAUGUGAUCGGCAUAGUUCAGACCUCUAGUUUGAACUAACUUUUACUCUUGAACUGUCAGUUUUCCUAUAAAUUUUUUUGGGGGUGUUAUUAGCUUUAGUAGUCUGGUGAAAUACAAGUUGGUUUGAAGAAACAAAUGCAGCAACUAAAGAACCAAUUACAACUAGUUUUUUUCUGGGUUUUUCUGUUUGAUGUACACAGCAAAAUGUGCAAGUUCCAAGUAUUUUAAAGUACACAACCAAGUUGAGCAAAGUAAAGCAUUGUUGUGAAGAUAAAUUGGACUUUUCUAAUAAGAACUUUGGAUUGUAAAAUAGCAUAAUCAUUGGAAACUGCAUUGUAAAUACUUGCAUAUGUAGAAAUGGCACACUUGAACAGAGCAAGUGCAUCCUUGCUAGUUACACCAUCUUGUGUUUUCCUUUUAACAAACUUUGAUUGGAUAUAGUCAUCUGCAGUGUGGUUAUUCAAUUAUUGUUAAAAUAUACUUACAGAUGCAGUUCAUGGAUGGCAUUUCAAGUUUUACAGACAAGUUUACACAAUGUAAAAUCCCCUGUAACUUUGGACAACAAGUAAAAAACUGAAAUCUUUAAUAAUAUCUUGAAUGUUAAGCUUGAAAGAAGUGAUUUUUCUCUGAUUGUGACAUGUUCAAAAUGAAAUUUUGUCGUGUAUAAUCCAAAAAAGUUCUGUUUUACAAUCAAGACAUUUCCAAUCCUGUGAAAGUUGAGAGUUCCUCGGGCUUAAGGGACCAAGUAGGAAAUGUUCUGAUGAACUUUUCUCUGGCAUCAUUGUAGGUUGGAGUUCCUCUCUUGGCUUCUCUGUAAUUCCUUGCUAAUUGGUUUUGUCUGGAAAUACAAGAUCAUGUAUACUCAAGUCAGAGCAAUUUUCAUGUAACCUCCAAUGAAUAAAUUUGUAUUCACUAAUCUAAA